AUGAGCGCGAUUAACAUCACGCAAGUCCAAGUGUUGGACAACCCGCAAUAUUUCCAAAACCCGUUACAGUUUGAAAUCCAGUACGAGUGCCUGACGAACCUCCAAGACGACUUGGAGUGGAAGCUCACGUACGUCGGCUCCGCGGAGAGCGAUCAACACGACCAAAUCUUAGACACUGUUUUAGUCGGUCCUGUCUCGAGAGGCGCGUAUAAGUUUGUGUUUCAAGCGAACCCACCGGACGCGACGAAGAUUCCAAACAGCGACAUCUUAGGCGUGACGGCGUUGUUGUUAACGUGCUCGUAUCAGCAAAACGAAUUCGUGAGAGUCGGGUAUUACGUGAACAACGAGUACAACGACGAGGAGUUACGGGAAAAUCCGCCAUCGGUACCGCAGUUAGAUAAGAUUGUGAGGAAUAUUUUAGCGGAGAAGCCGAGAGUGACGAGGUUUCCGUGCGAGUUUGACGCCGUGUCGAUUCCAACCGAAGACGGAGGGAACAUGCAGAUGAUGCAAGAAGAGAUUACGACUGAAGGUUUUGGUAACGAGAACGUUGGAUUUGAUAACGGGAACACGGUUAUGGCUGCGUUUGCAGGGGGGUACGUUGACGAGCAACAAGCUGGUAGUUCGUACGAGCCGUCGCAGACUCAGUUUCAACAAGGCGUCGAGUGCGGCGCGGACGCGCAGCAACAGCAACAACAACAAUCGCAACCGCUUUGGUGA